AUGGCUAACGGGAUUGCAGUCGUUGACGACUGGAUUAGCGCUCCCGAUCCCAGAAUAUCACAGCAACCUUACUACACAAGCUACCCAUUACCCGCUGGAUAUUGCCAGCUAUACAACCCAGCGACCGUAGUCUGGGAAACGGAAACCUUAAGCUCUUGGUCAGAAUGGAGUUGCGAUCGCGACAGUCCUUGCUGCGAGUGCGACUGCAAUUGUCGUCCUAAGAUAAAGGACAUGAAUUUGGGAGAUCAACGUGAACGAAGAGAGUAUAAUAAGCGCGACCUUCCCGGCACUACCAAUGCCCGGAACUAUGGAGCCACCCGCGAGCUAUUGCCGUCCUUGAAUGUCGGCGGCAAGCCCAACGCUCAACACUACAUGCGACAGUUUUCAGACAGAGAAGCACUCCAGUAUGAUAAACAAGACCUUUCGUCCAUGGAAGAUCUCAUAUACCAGACCGCUAAACAACAACGUCACCUGGAUGACGCUCGAAGAAGGAUACAAGAUUGGAUUAAGAUCAUGCCUGGACUUGUUAGCGACAACACGGCUCAAGAAACAGAACAAAGGACCGAAAAGUGUCACUGCAAGGGUUGUAAAAAGGAAAGAAAGCAAGAAGCGCGGAGUGCUGGUAAGGAGAAGAAACACAAGCAAAAGCAAGAGGCAGAGAAGAAGAACAGAAGGAAGACUAGGCGAUAG